AUGGGCUGUAGUGCCUCCACGCAUGCCUCGCCGGAGGCAGAUAAGGACGCGCCGCUCAAGAGGAACGUCUACUCGGCGAGCCGAACCAGCGACCAGGUCGUCUCCGACCGCCAGAAUAGCAACAAGGACCAGCCGAAUGACGCAUGUACUGCGGUCAGCGAGAAUCCCAGUCGCGCCAGGAGCAGCAGCGGCACGGAGGGGCAGGCACACGGCAGAGGUAUCGGCGCUAUCCACUACCCAAACCAGCUCGGAAAAGACGAGUGCGACGGCGGCGAGGAUGAAGUGGUGGUCAUUCCCUCGUCAGCAGACAAGAGCACGCGCACCCGCUUCACCUUUCCGCAGCGCACUCUGUUGAACGUUGGCAGCCACACACCGGCCGGCGACUCCGGUGAAAGAAAACUCAACUCUACCACGGCUAGCUCCUCCUCCUUCACAGCUCUGCAGCGGCGACUGAGCGAUGGCGGCCAUGCCCACUCGAGCCUCACAACGAUGUCUCCCGUUCCUCCUGACGCCAAGGAGACACCGCUCCAGCUUACGCAGACGCGGGUGCUCCAGGCAGCCGCUACCACCCCUACCGCGUGUCUCUCCAUCUCCCCGCCGCAGCGUCUGAGUAUUCCAGCUAGCGGCUUCGCCGGUUCCAGCGCAUCCGCCUCCGGCGCUGUCGCGCUGCCGUCGCAGAAGCAGCACCAAAUCGAGCCGCCCCACGUGAACGAUGGCGGCUUCAGCAUCGAGUGGGAUGAGGAGGACAACACGCCAAAAGGCCGCGGCAUUCCAGCCUCAACGACAAUGGAUUCCGGACCGUACAGUGUUACCCGCGGAAUGAUGGCGCCGUCGGGCAGCUUUGGCAUCGGUGUGGGAGGUGGGUGGCGCAGCAAGUCGCCGAAAUGGAUCGACCUCUCCCGAAAGCGUUCGCAGAGCACGGUGAGUCUCCUGAGUCUGGCCGACACCCCCAACAACCCACACGUCCUCUCCAGCGGCAGCGACUUUGGCCGAGAUAUCCUAGGGGGUUCGCACGUAUUUGGCGGCCUCGCCACUGGCGGGGGCAGCAGUCGGCCACAGAGCGGCUACGCCAUGGGUAGGGCCACGCGCGUGGAGCGAUUCGAUCAGCAGCGGCACAGCAACGGGCUUGCCGUCUUUUGCAAUCAGCCUCGCGAGUGCGCGCUCUGCCGGAACGCCACCGUCGCUUUCGCCUGUGAAGUAUGCGACGACUUUUUCCUCUGCGAGGACUGCCGCUUCGACCUCGAGGCGGUGCGAGUCGUGCACGACCCGACACACGCGAUGCUGUCCAUACAAGACAACCAUAACAACUCCAGCCGCACCUUCGGCGGCGACUCCAUCUUCUCUCUGUCCGGCGAUGGCGGCGUGAGCAGUCUAUUCUACAACCCUUGCUUCAAGUGUAAGCGCGUCAUCGAUGAUGUCGAGCUGGUGUACCGCUGUGACCAGUGCGACUACAUUGUAUGCCAGGAGUGCUUUAUUCAGCAUGAGGAGCCAGAGAAUGCCAUGGAGCGGGCAUCAUCCCUGUCAGCAGCGAUGGCUGCCAUGAGGGAGGAACAGGUUAGCUGCAAGCCAUUGCCGAUCGAGUCCGCCGCUCUCGUGCUAGCAUCCGGCCCGACGCACCCACACGAGCACGAGCUGAAGCGCUUCCAACGCAAGUCGCGCUCUAACUCGGUGCACGAGGGGGCUGUUGUCACCAAGACGCGCAACAGCGGCGGUAACAAGGUCAUCAACGACUACGUCGUGGUGCGGCAGAUCGGUCAUGGCUCGUACGCGAAGGUGAAGCUGGUACAGCACGUUCACACUCAGGAGCUCUUCGCGCUGAAGAUACUGCGGCGUCAGAAGAAAGUGGCGCUGCCCGGCAUCACCCUCGGCCGCAGCCGGGUCAAGGCCGCCAUGGCAGGCAUAAGCGAAGAUGACCUUCUGAGGGAGAUUGCCGUCAUGAAGUUCAUUGACCACCCCAACGUGAUGAAGCUGAAGGAGGUGAUCGAGGAUGUCGACUCGCAGAAGGUGUACAUCAUCAUGGAGUACUGCGAGAAGGGUCCUGUGCACGUGCUCGGUGGCCCGGCGCUGCCUCUCGAGCAGGUGCGCCAGUACGGCGCCGACAUCCUUCGUGGGCUGCUGCACCUGCACUCCGAGUUUCUCUACCACCGCGACAUCAAGCCGGCGAACUGCCUGGUCAACCGUGACAGCGUUGUCAAGAUCGCUGACUUCGGGACCUGCAACAGCCAAAUCCGCACAAAGCUGGCGGAGGGGACGCCAGCGUUCAGCUGUCCAGAGCAGGUGCGUGGCGAGGAGGUGUCCGGUGAAGUGGUCGACAGCUGGGCUUUUGCGCUCACAGUAUACGAGAUGGCAUGCGGUACGCUACCGGUGUCGACCACGUCCUUCGUGCAGCAUCGAUCGCUGCUGAUGAGCAAGAGCCCCGUCCCCAUUCCGAAAAUCGGCGAUGAGCCUCUACGCGACUUGCUGGCACAGAUGCUGGAGAAGAAUUUGAGCAAGCGACUGCUGCUGCCUGCGGCGACGCGGCAUCCGUUCUUCGCGGAGUGCCACGUUGACGUGCAUGGCGCGGUACCUGGCACCGCCGCACGGUCCAUCUUCGCGGUGCUCGCGACCAGCGGUGGGGGCGCAGCAGUGCAGCCACAGAAGCAGCAGCUCCCAUUGCUUGCCGAGCUGUAUGACAAGGCGCUAGAGUCGGUGCAUCGGGGCAAGAACCUUAAAGACUGCUUCCAUGGUGUGCGUGCGUUGCGCCGCGUGCGCAAGAAGGAGGUGGAGACGGCCCGCCACAGCGGGACCAACGACCAGGUUGGCGGUGGUGGUGCUGGUGCGGAGAAGGGCAACGCAUACGUCAUGAACAGCCGCGACGUAUACGGUGGUAGCGACGGUAGCGGCAGCGACGGAGAGGACGAAGAAGACGCUGGCCACCUCCGGGUGGGCCGUUGCGCGGGUCACGAAGAGGAGGCGGCGGCGGCGGUGGAAGAAGCCGUAGAGCAUCAUCUCUUCACUCAGGAACCCAAGCUGGAGCUGACGCAGGUCACUCUCACUGCCCCCGCCACGCUAGAGAAGCUGAACAGGCUCCACCAGGUGACUGCCGAAAUGCGGCUGAGUCAUAAUGCACUCGUGCGCCUUGCGCCGCUGCGCCUCUCCACCUUUUCAAUGCUGAUGGACAUUGCUGUCACCUUCAACCGGCUUGAAACGAUUCCGCAAGAGGUCCUGGAGGCACCGCGCCUCGUGCGCCUCGACCUCUCGCACAACCGCAUCGACUCCAUUCCCGGCUCGCUCGUUACGAAGGCGCUGUUCCUGGAGCGGCUGAGCCUGCACCACAACCUCAUAACCAGCGUCGGAACUACAACCAUCACUGUCGUAGAGCCGUUCCCUGUCACAUUCAGAGUUCCGACGCCAGCCACAGCGACGUGCAUAGGGCCGAACACGGUAGCGGUGCCUGCUGCUUCUGUAGUGUCGUCCUCAACCACACGGACAAGCCUGCGUGGCCGCGGUGGCAGCAGCCGUAGCGAGGUGGUGUCUGUCCUAGCGGCGCCGUGCCUGCGGCACGUUCGGCUGAGCGGCAACCCCCUUGAGCGCCUGCCCGAUGCUCUGGAGACAACGCAUAAGUUGCAGCUCGUACUCGACGCCAUACCCGCCCUCAUGGAGCAGUGGGACACGCACAUGCAAACCGACAGCAAUGCAACGACAUCCACAGCGGCGGCAGCCACAGGGGGGCAGAGCCGCCUUCCUGCCGUGAUUGUAUGGGACGACAGCUUCCCCGUGCGCAUCCCAAGCGUAGAGCCGGCCGUGUGGCUAGCCGUCAAUAACAUGGCCAUCUACCGCGCGCAGACGCUGCGUCUGUGCAAGACGCGUCACGUGGUGCUGUGUCAGUGCGCUGACCCGCGGUUCCCCAACGGGCUUUUUCUCAGCGAAGAGUUGGAGGUGUAUUUCUCGGUCCUCUCCAAGGCACUGCAGGACCGCCGAGAGCAGCGACAGCAAUUAGCGGCCGAGGCACCCUUCUCGUUGAGCGCACCGGCGGAGGCGAUCCCGAGCGAGGCGCUGCCGCCGAUCGUCGGCAAGGCGGCGCGCAACUACGUUGAGUCAUACUUCUUCGUCACAGACGACGAAAACGAAGAGGAGGGAGGCUAUCACAGCCUCGUGUCAUACCUGUACGACUCGCUCUCCGCCAAUAUCCCGGUACUGGUCGUCGUCUCCAGCGGCACGUCGUGCGCCGUGCGCACGAACAUUGUCGCAGCCAUAAGCACCUGUCUCACGCGCGUCCGCGGCGGCGACCCGGAGCAGCUGGACGCCGAGCAGGCGGAGCUCAUCGUGAGCACAAUGCGAAGCCUCUACGCGUGA